GGCUCUGGGCCGGCCCGGGCGCUCCAGCGCACCUGGCCCGUGCGGCCCCAGGUGUCCGGUGCGUGCCGCUCUCACCUGCUCGGCCCGCAGGGAGGACGCCCGGGAGCUUGGAGCAGGGCCGCGAGAUGGACUCGGUGGUCUUUGAGGAUGUGGCUGUGGACUUCACCCUGGAGGAGUGGGCUUUGCUGGAUUCUGCUCAGAGGAAGCUCUACAGAGAGGUGAUGCUGGAAAAUUUGAAAAACCUGGCCUCUGUGGAUGAUGAGACUCAACUUAAAGCCGGUGGGUCAGUUUCUCAACAGGAUAUUUAUGGGAAUAAAAUCUCCAAGGAACAUAAAAUAGCAAAGUUCACCAGAAAUGAUUCCUGGGCCUCUGUUUUAGGGAAAAUUUGGGAAGAACUUAGCACUGAAGAUCAGCACACAAAGCAGGGGAGACACCUGAGAAAUCAUGUGGUGGAGAAACUCUCUGAAAGUAAUGAUCUGUGUGGUGAAGGCUGCAGUCAGAUUCGAAAUCAUAACCUGUACCAGGAAACUCACACUGUAGUAAAAGAGUAUGAAUGUAACGCAUAUGGAAAAGUCUUUGUGCAUCAUUCCUCCCUCAAGAGUCACAUCACUGCACACACCGGGCACAAACCAUACCAGUGUCAGGAGUGCGGGCGGACCUAUAGUUGUCGUUCACACCUACGAAUGCAUGUGAGGACCCACAACGGAGAGAGAACCUAUGCGUGUAAAUUAUGUGGAAAAACCUUUCCUCGUACUUCAUCCCUCAACCGGCAUAUAAGGAUUCAUACUGCCGAGAAGACUUACGAAUGCCAGCAGUGUGGGAAAGCCUUCAUAGAUUUUUCAAGUCUUACUAGUCAUGUGAGAACUCACACUGGAGAGAAGCCCUAUAAAUGUAAGGACUGUGGGAAAGCCUUCAGCUAUUCCUCAACUUUUCGAAGGCACAUGAUAACACACACUGGAGAGAAGCCCUAUAAGUGUAACGAAUGUGGGGAAGCCUUCAGCUAUUCCUCAACUUUUCGAAGACACAUGAUCUCACACACUGGGGAGACACCACAUAAGUGUAAGGAAUGUGGAGAAGCAUUCAGUUACUCCUCAGCUUUUCGAAGGCACAUGAUAACACACACUGGAGAGAAGCCCUAUGAAUGUAAACAGUGCGGGAAAACCUUUAUUUACUUGCAGUCCUUUCGGAGACACGAAAGGAUUCACACUGGAGAGAAACCCUAUGAAUGCAAACAAUGUGGGAAAACCUUCAUUUAUCCCCAGUCCUUCCGAAGACAUGAGAGGACUCAUGGUGGAGAGAAACCCUACGAAUGCAGCCAGUGUGGGAAAGCAUUCAGCCAUCCCUCAUCCUUUCGAGGACACAUGAGAGUGCACACUGGAGAGAAACCUUACGAAUGCAGUCAGUGUGGAAAAACUUUCAACUGGCCCAUAUCCUUGAGAAGACAUAUGAGGACACACACGAGAGAGAAACCCUAUGAAUGCAAACAAUGUGGGAAAGCCUUCAAUUUGUCCGCUUGCUUUCGGGAACAUGUGAGAAUGCAUUCUGGAGACAAAUCGUAUCAAUGCAAGCUAUGUGGGAAAGCAUUCUAUUGCCACAUAGCCUUACAAAAACAUAUGAGAAGGCACACCGCCGAGAAGCUCUACGAAUGCAAGCAAUGUGGCAAAACUUUCAGUUGGCCUGAACUUCUGCAGCAGCACGUGAGAACACACACUGCUGAGAAACCCUAUGAGUGUAAGGAAUGUGGCAAAGUCUUCAAAUGGCCAUCGUCUUUGCCAAUACAUAUGCGAGUGCACACAGGAGAGAAACCUUACGAAUGUAAGGAGUGUGGGAAAGCCUUCAGUUGUUCCUCGUCCUUAAGAAGACACGUACGAAUACACACCGCAGAGAGACACUACUUCAGGGACAUGGGGAAUUCUCCUGCAAAUGAAUUCAUGCCUAAUGCUUCAGGAAAUCCCCAGCAGGAGAGAAAGCUUAUCAAAGCUGUAAAUACGGUACUGCCUUUGUGAGAACCUCAUCAAAGUAGACCUGUGGGGCGUGUAUCUCCAGUUCUCUUACAGAUGAACAAUUAGGUGAAAAAUAGCUCUCCAAGUCGUCUUCAAGCUGUCAUUCGGAAUUUUGCAGGUGGUGUUUUUUUCCCUUACAUUUCCAUAAAUAAACCUUCUAUCUUUACGGUUUGACGGACUCAUGGUGAUUUGAAGUGUAUUUUUAAUACGGAAGUAGUUUUAAUUUCUUCUUUAAAUUCUUGAAGGGGUUUUUGGAACAAUGACAUUUUGGUAUUUAUUGGGAUUUUCUUACUCGCUUAGUGUGGCGGGUACCGGAUAUCACCAUUAUGUAUUUUCUACCUUACUGAGAAUCUGUUUAUUUUGGCCAGAGGGACCUUACUGCAUUUUCUUUGCAAAUAGUUUGCAGAAAUUUGUGAUUAUGCAGAGUUCUUCAAAAGCACAGUCUCAUGUGAAUUGUCAUUUUCAACUCUUUUGCUUUGCUCUUUUUUUCAUUGCUUGUGACUGGAAAUUGGACAGUAGGCUUUUACUGAAGAGCUACUUUGUGACCAUGAGCUGUUAGAUACAGGGUUUGGUGGUUCCUCUGGAUUGUGUUGUCAGUGUGGGCAACGGUGGGACCUACACUUCCCUUCCCUUUAUGAUUAUGUGGUCAGAUUUACCAGUAGCCUAACUUGGCCUGAGAUUUGGAAGGCAGAAGUGGAGAAGCCAUUUCUGUGUUUGGAGCCAUGUUUAAGUGUGAGAGACGCAAAGGGGCUUUUGGACACCAGCCCAUUUUCCUCAUCUUGGCCCUGCGAAUCAAGAGUAUCAUGAAAAAAAAAAAAAAGGUCACGUGCUUAAUUCCCAUUUUUCCAAGUUCUAGGCUUCCAUGAAUGUCUCUGUGAGCUAUGUAUCAAGGAUCCACUUGUGUGGUCUUGCACUCACAAUUUGGAUAUUCUGAUGUGUUCUCUCGAGCACUCAUUCUGACUCACGUUUCGUGAUCUUCUCUGAUGCUAUGAUUCUCCUCUUCUCUAGAUGUUCACAUAUGUGUAGAAGGUCUAAUUUGUCUCGCGAACACCGUAUUUCCAAUACUUCUAGUGACUCUGUGAUCCUUAUUCUGCCACAAAAGCUACAAGGCUGCUACAAAGCCGAACAACACAUGGGACUUUGUUAACCUAUUGCAUUUUGAAGUGUGCUCAUUGACCUUCAUGUAUUAGAUUUUGGGAGAGGUGAAUGUUCUUCCUUAAUAUGGGCUCAACUAUUACUUUUGAUUAUGUGUCAUUAAAACAGUAUGUGUUUUAUCUUCAAGGAAAAUCUUUUGUAGAUAUUUCUUAGAAAUACACUAUUUACCGUAUUUUCACAUCACUUGUAUAUUUACUGUAUUAUUUUCCUAAGGGCUGUGGUAACAAAGGACCACGACUGAGUGACUAAGGGCAACAGAAAUUUUGGUCUGACAAUUCUGACGGUAGAAGUCCAAAAUCAAAGUAUUGGCUGGACCCUGCUUCCUCUGCAGGUGCUAGGGAAGGAUCUGUUCCAGUCUUCUCCUAGCUUCUGGUAGUUCAUUGGCUAGUGGCAAUGUAACUAAUCUUCCCACUGCAUUCUGCAUGCAUGCGUGUUUGUCUCUUCGGGGGGCAUUCUUUUUAUAAUGACAACAUGUAGCAAGUUAGGGCUCACCCUAUUCCAGUAUCCCCACCUCUAAUUAUAUCUGUGACAACACUAUUUCUUUUUUUUUUUUUUAAAGAUUUUAUUUAUUUAUUUAUUUGACAGAGAUAGACAGCCAGCGAGAGAGGAAACACA